AUGCCUCUACGCUGCAGAGGGUCUUUUGCCCAAGCGCUUCUCUCAAACAGCUCUCCAGUUCGUCUGGUGCCAUCUAUUUCUCGCAUCUCCAGCAUUUCUCCUCGCCAGAGAUUUCAUACGUCCCCCGCGUCAUGCGCACUCAGGUCUCAGAUUCUGAAGGAUGUCGGUGAAGGAAUCACCGAGAUCCAGAUCAUACAAUGGUAUGUGCAAGAGGGAGCGAAGAUUGAGGAAUGGAAGCCAUUAUGCCAGUAUCAGUCUGACAAAGCUGUUGACGAUAUAACGUCGAGAUACGAUGGGGUCAUAAAGAAAUUGCACUUCCAGGCCGAUGAUACUGUGCCAACGGGAAUGGCUUUGUGCGAUAUUGAUGUGGACGAAUCGAAAUAUCCCGAUGAAAACGCUCGUCCACCAACUAACGAACCCCCGCCCCCACACCCGAUACCAGAGCAGGUUGCAAAACCUCCUGCUGUCAAUGUGGCUACGGAAGCACUAUCAGAACCCGUUGUAGAAGCCAUAUCUUCCCCAUCCAAAUUCGCUUCUCUUGCAACACCGGCCGUCCGCGGUAUGUUGAAGGAGCUGAAGGUGGAUAUAUUAAGCGUAAGCGGAACCGGCAAGGAUGGAAGAGUUCUGAAAGAGGAUGUUCUCCGAUACGUCGCGGAGCGAGACGCCACACCAGCCCCGACAGCGCCAUCAGUACCCCAACCUACACAACCGGUGUCGGGUGUUGACACCACACAGAUAGAAACCACCACCCCAUUGACUCCAAUUCAGUCUCAAAUGUUCAAGACCAUGACCCGGUCACUUACCAUCCCUCACUUCCUUUACGCCGACGAACUCAACAUUAGAUCGUUAUCCUCCAUCCGCAAGAAACUUGCAACACACCCAACCGAGCCGCUUAAACUCUCCUAUCUUCCCUUCAUCAUCAAAGCCGUCUCCCUCUCCCUAAAUUCCUUCCCUCUCCUAAACGCAAGAGUUGACACCACCACCAACCCCACCAAGCCUGCCUUAGUUAUGCGGUCAAGCCACAACAUCGGCGUAGCCAUGGACACUCCAACAGGUCUUCUAGUGCCCAAUAUCAAAAACGUCCAGGCCCGCUCCAUCCUCGACAUUGCGGCAGAGCUCGCUCGCCUCAGCGAAGUGGCGCGUGCAGGCAAGUUGACCCCCACAGACCUGAACGGUGGAACCAUCACCGUAUCCAACAUUGGCAAUAUUGGCGGCACCUACGUCGGCCCUGUCAUUGUGCCGAAUGAGGUUGCCAUUCUUGGUGUCGGGCGGGCCAAAACCGUUCCCGUCUUCGACGAGGCUGGUAAUGUGGUCAAGGGCGAAAAAGUGAAUUUUAGCUGGAGUGCGGAUCAUAGAGUUGUGGACGGGGCUACGAUGGCGAGGAUGGCAGAUAAGGUUAGGUUGUAUUUGGAGGAGCCUGAGUCGAUGAUGCUAGCUCUCAGAUAA